AUGUCAUUGCCAAGGUUCAUCGUGAUCAAAUCCAUCAAUGCCAACGCGUGCCUUGCCUUCAAACAAGACGAUCCCUAUGAAGGCUAUGCCGAAUUCUCAGAAUCAAUGGUUACGGGCCCAAAUGCAAAAUUCGAAGUGGAGUCAGCUAAAGGUGGACUGGUUCACAUAAGGAACUGUAUUAACAUGAAAUACUUAGAACGAACCGAAGAGGGUUCCAUCUCUGGUAAAGCAGAUGAGCGGUAUUGGAUCACUGCAACAGCCGAGAAGAAAGAAGAGGACCAAUCCAGAGAAUGGUGCACCUUGUUCCAGCCACUGGAAGAAGACUCGGUGAAUAAAACUUACCGGUUCAUGCAUGUUCAAUCAAGCUGCUAUUUACGCCUACGCCAAACCUAUUCCUCGGAUAUUACUGCCGGGGUGUUGGCGACCAGCACGAAGAUCGAUGCUAAUGGCAACGAUGUAUUCAAAGUUAUCGAUUGGGACACGUUGGUGAUUCUACCUCGGUACAUUGCGUUCAAAGGAAACAAUGACAUGUUCUUGCGUCUUGCCGAGAUCGAUGGUCACCCGUAUUUACAGUUUUUAGGAGAGGAUAUUGGUGAGGCGGCUGUGGCAAUGGAGCGUAAACCGGAUUGGAUUUGGGUUGAUUCUGAUGACACUAAAGGUAACGAUAAGGACACGUUGUUUCAUCCCUUUAAAGUUGAUGGUAAGACAAUAGCUCUUCUCAGUUUAGGCAACAACAUGUUCUGUAAGCGUUUCACAGGUGAAGGGAGGACGAGCUGUCUUAGUGCACGCAUCCCUUCUGUUACCAAAGAGGCUUACCUAAAUGUGGUGGAGCCUGUGUUGUCGAGAAAGAUCGAAAAUCUCCGAUACGAUACCGAGAACGCUAGGGUGUAUGAUGAAAAGGUCCAAAUUGUGGCCAAAAAUUCAGCUAGCAACCAUACUAAACAAUCCAACACAAUGGACGUGAAACUUACCUAUACAGACACCACCACUAGUACUUGGAAUUCUCAUUUUUCACUAGGUCUUGAAGCUAAAGCUAGUUUCGAUUCGGCAUCCCGCUGA